UGGUAAAAUAAGAUCCACCAUUUAGGCUGCUGAAUAAUUCUCUUUUCAAUUUAGGUGGAUUUUCAAUUUAGAUUGUGGGUUCAAUUCUUGAUUCACAAAGAUCAAGGCAUGAAAUCUACAGAUAAGCAAUCGGGCAGCCCCAAGACAAUGCUUGGAACUGCCAAGGCUUCUCACAUAAUAUCUAAAUUGAAGGCUGCAUCCACUGGAAUUAUCCCCACCUUUCGAACCGUGCAGAUUCCUCCUCCACAGAUUUUCAAAACUGAUCCGGCCAAUUUCCUUGCCCUAGUCCAGAAGCUUACAGGAAAGAAAUCGGCACCGAAGAAGGUGACCGGUACAGUCGGUUCAAAGAAGAAGAAGAAGAAGAGUAUAGUCCCAGAUCAAUCUGCAGCGAAUCAUUCCCACGCCUUGGCGGUCGUUGAUGAGAAUUGUUUUCCAAAGCAGGCAAGGGAAAAAGAAUACCCAAUUGAGAGAGAUUCAUUGGAGGAAGGCGGAGUGCAAAUUUGUGAUACUUUUUCUGAACUUUUUGGUGGAUUAGAAAGGGAUUUCUUGAAUACCCUCAUAAAUUCAUGGUCAGCGCGGCUACCUGAAUUUCCCAUGAGUUAUCCUCCUGUAGAGGAGCAGAUUGAUUAUCAUACUACCAUUUUUGAGACCCUAAACACUGGUGGAUUUAGUCUUUUUUAGCACUAGUCCCCCUUAAACUAGUUGUUUUGAAUUUCCAGCAUGAGCCUUCCACGA